ACACAAAGUGUAGUUUUAAGGGGAAAAGUUCUCCAAAGCUACCUGCUCCUGUGUGAAACAGUAACCGCCCCUGUUUCAAUAAUGAAUUCAUGUGAUUGACGGAGUUCAGGUUCACUGCCACACUCAGGCCUGACAAAGACCUCAGACAGCAGCACAUCACAGCACCAUCUGGAGCCUGACAGGGUCACAGAGACGUUUCUAAAGCUGUGAGACUCCAGCGAACUACGGUGGAGUCAUUAUCCACACAUGGAGAAAACCCGGAACAGUCCUGGAUUCGUCACCGGAGCGACCGGCCGCCCAAACCGGCGACUCAUCCAGGAGGUCGCGGUGGCGGUAGUCUGACGGUCUGAAUUCUGCUCUCUUCCAGAAGACCCUGAAGGAGGAUGUCCGCCCAUCAGGAGAUAAUAAUGAUCUUUCCUGGACUUCAAUCAGACUGAGAUGCUUUGGCAAGGUUUGUCUGUUGAAUUGACAGAAAACAGGGUACCAGCACUUUCUUCUGUUUAAAACAGAGCUUCAAAGUGUUCUUGGUCCCUGAGAAUUUCAUGUGGACAGCUUGUUUCUAAAACAUUUAUGAGGGAUCCAAAUGCUGUAAGAAUAGGGCACAGUAAGAAGCUCGGAGGACCCAGCAGUUACAAACUCUUCAGCAAGACUUUGACAGACUCUGAGAUGGUUUUAAGCUCUGCUGCUGGAGCCACGUUCAGCUAAAAGCACACGGAUGCUUCAAUGUGACCAGAAAAUCCUUUUGAUUCACAAGUCAAACAUGUAAAUCCACCUCUAAUGAGCAAUAUGACGGGAGGAGCCAGAGGAGGUGCGACCCUUCCUCCUCCACCCCCACCAUCGCCCCUCUCCUCCUCUAAAAGCAGCCCUCAGCUGCAGCUCUGGGUCUGCUGUGUUUGGUUGCAGAGGUGCUGAUGCUGCUGCAGCAGAGCUGAGGAGAGAACCAAAUGAGCGGUCCCAACAUGACGGGGAGGACAGGUCUCCUCUUCAGCCUCAUCACAGCGGCACUUUUCUGUGGCGUCGCUGCUCAGACAGUCAGAGAGUGUGAAAACGUCACCGUCGGUGACAUCGUCUUCCUAGUUGAUGGCUCGUCCAGCAUCGAUGAUAAAAGCUUUCAGGAUAUCCGCACAUUUCUUCGCAACACCAUCCAGGGCUUUGAAAUCGACCCCAACAAAGUUCAGAUCGGUUUGGUGCAGUACAGCGAUGAUCCUUAUCCGGAGUUCCAGCUAACGGAUCACAGGGACAAGAAUUCCCUGCUGGCUGCAGUGGAAAACCUUACCCACCGAGGAGGCGGCACAGAAACCGGCAAAGCCAUAGACUUCCUCCAGAAGGAGUACUUCACCAAAGAGGCCGGCAGCCGAGCUGAGCGACGUGUGCCUCAGAUUGCUGUGGUCAUCACAGAUGGCGCAUCCACUGAUGACGUAUUGGAACCUGCCAGGAGACUGAGGCAGCACGGUGUCAUCGUGUUCGCCAUCGGGGUCGGACAGAUCAAGCAGACACAGCUUAUAACUAUCGCUAACUGGCCCUCGGAGCGCUUCGUCCUCACCACUGACAGCUACCAGAAGCUCCAGGAUCAGACCAACAGCCUGCUGGAAACCGUCUGUCUCAGUCUGGAGGAUCAGCGGCUGGCUUUGGUCGACAGGUUUGCAGAUAUUUUCUUCCUGGUGGACAGUGGAAUAGCUUCAAAUCAGUUUACCCUGUUUAGAAAUGAGCUUUUCAGACUGUUGAAUCAACUGGAACUUGGAGCGUCUGGUUACCGUGUCGGUUUGGCCCAGUACGGUCAGGACGUCAGAGUUGACUUUCGUCUCAGCACUUAUGAAACCAAGCAGCAGAUCGUGGCUGCUGCCCGACGUUUCCGACUGCGUUCACAAACAGGCCAACCACGAAAUCUUGGACAAGCUCUAUCCUACGCUAAAGAGAACUUCUUCACUGCUGAGGCAGGAGGCCGUGCAGACCAGGGAACCCCACAGUAUUUGAUUGUAGUGGCUGGAAAAGAUUCGGAUGAUCCUGUGUUUUGGUCUGCUAAGGAGGUCAAAGACGAGGGGGUAAUUAUUGUGGGGAUGGACGCAGGUGCGACACGGGAUGCUCUGGACCGCUUUGCCAGCCCUGGCUAUAUCUUUGAUUCUUCAAGAGUAACUCUGCCGAUUGACCUGCUCACAACCCAGAGAGUGGAGACUGUCACUGAAGAUUGCAAAACAGCUAACAAGGCAGACAUUGUGUUCAUUGUUGAUGAGUCUGGAAGCAUUGGAGAGGAAAACUUCAGGCUGAUGCGUGACUUCCUGCGCUCGGUCAUCAGCGUCCUGGAAACUGGUCCAUCUAAAAUCCGAGUAGGCAUUGUUACAUACAACGACGUGCCGACUCCACAUGCCUACCUCAACAUGUUCGGAGACAAGGAUGAUAUUUUGAAGUUCAUCAAUAUCCUGCCUUACCGUCAAGGUGGUACAAAAACUGGGGCUGCCCUACACUUCGCCCUGAAAAACAUCUUCACUGAAGAAAAGGGCAGCAGGAAGGAUGUCCCAAAGGUAGCAGUGGUAAUCACAGACGGUGAAUCCCAGGAUAAUGUGAAGGAACCUGCAAUCGCUCUCCGUCGAGCUGGUGUCACAGUUUUCGCUGUCGGAAUCAAAGAGGCCAAUAAAGCCGAACUGUUGGAGAUGGCAUCUUACCCCAAGUCUAAGUUUGUUUUUACUGUGGACAGUUUCGUCAAGCUGAAACCUCUGAAAGAAACUUUGCAGGCAACCCUGUGCAACACCAUCAUCCAGAUCGGGGUCCAGGACAGGGAAAGUGACGCAGAGACCAAAGAAGCAUGUAAAGAAAAGGACCAAGCUGAUAUUUUCUUCCUGAUGGAUGACUCAGGGAGCAUUACAAAUGAAGAUUUCUCAGACAUGCAGAAGUUUAUCAUUGAGAUUCUUCAUACCUUCCGUAUUGGGCCAGACCAUGUUCGCAUGGGUCUUGUUAAAUAUUCAGAUUCCCCCUCUCUACAGUUUGACCUAACACAGCACUCAGAUGCUAAGACAAUGGAAAAUGUAGUGAAGAAAAUCAUUCACGAAGGAGGUGGAACAAACACAGGAGAAGCACUGUCAUCCAUGAAAGGACAUUUUGAGAAUGCAAAGACGAGCCGUGGCUACAAAGUCUCAGAGUACCUGAUCGUCAUCACCGAUGGACAAUCCCAAGAUGAAGUUAAAGAUCCUGCAGAAGAAUUAAGGAGGCAGGGGGUCAUCAUCUACGCCAUUGGGGUGAAAUCCUCAAAUGAUAAUGAGCUGAAUGAGAUUGCUGGGGAUCCAAAGAGAAAGUUUUUUGUCGAUAGUUUUGAUGCCCUGAAAACCGUCAAAAAUAACAUCAUCAGAGAGAUCUGUAUUCUGGAAGCUUGUAAAGACACACAAGGCGACAUAUUUUUCCUAACUGACAGCUCUGAGAGGAUCUCUGAGGAAGGCUUCCAAAAGAUGAAAGAUUUCAUGAAAUCUGUCAUUAGCAAGUCCAUCAUUGGGCAGGAUAAGGUGCAUGUUGGUUUGAUGCAGUACAGCACCACCUCACGCCUGGAGUUUGACCUCACCACACACUACAACCUGGAAGGAAUGCUAAACACCAUCGAUGAUAUGGAGCAGAUGAAUGAAGGCACUCGCACUGGCAGGGCCAUCACAGAAGUCUCACAGUAUUUUGAUGCAGCCAGAGGAGGGCGUCCUUGGGUGAAGCAGUGGUUGGUCGUUAUAACAGACGGUAAAUCCCAAGAUAACGUCAGAGAACCAGCUCGUGCUCUGAGAGACAAAGAGUGGUGA